AUGUUUCGUAAAUCGAACUUAAAUUUCGUCUUAAUUUGCCUCUUGCUUCAAUCCACCGCCUCUGCGAGCGUCAAACCCAAAAAUUUCAGUGGCGUUAAGUCCAAUUUCAGUAACAGUCACGAUUUACCAGAGACAGUGGACCAAACUUUUAACAUCAACAACUGGGGGCUUGGAAAAAUUGAACGAAAACUGCUAUUGGACAUCAAAGUCAAAGUUGAUUCAAUCUUCUCCAAAUGCAAAGCGACCAUUUCAGAGUGUCCAAAAGGCUGGGUUUCGCGUGGAAAGUCAUGUUACCUCGUGAUCGACGUUCUAGUCUUGAAGUGGAGUGAGGCGCGAAGAACAUGCCAGAAUUUGGGAGGAGACCUUGCCAUCAUCAAAUCUGCCAUUGAAAAUAAAUUCAUCUUUGACUUAGUGAAAAAGCAGAAGACAGUCACAUCCUAUGGCGUAUGGCUUGGCCUCUACAGGAAGGCAGACAACAAGUUCUACUGGGUAGACGGCACUCCAGAGGCAGGGCAGUAUUCUACCUGGGCAAAAGGGGAACCAAGCUCUUUUUCCGAAAAGUGUACGGUCAUGUAUGGAGCCACGAGCCUCCAGGGAACUUGGAAUGACUUAUCAUGUAACCGAUCGUACUCACGCAAUAAUCCAGUCAUUCUUUGCCAGAAAAAGGCCAACUGA